ACAAAAGAACUAGUGUUUACUAUAAUUUUAGUCUGCUUCCUCGUGAUGUUUUGAUGUGGGUUCUGAGUAAACGGGGUAUAAAAUCGGACGAAGUAGUGCUAUGGACCAGCAAUCAAAAUUUCAAACUGUUGUACAAGGAGAAGCUUCAGAAUCAGACGAAGAUGAAGAAGUGGAAAAUAUUAUGAGUUCAAAACAUGUGAGGGGGGUUGUAGUGUCUGGAGAGGCAUCAGAGUCAGAAGAGGAGGAAACAGAUAAUGAAUUUACAAAUCACCAAGACUUGGUCCCAUUGAAUGUUGAUACAAGUAAAAGUGGUGACAGCUUACAUGGACCAAUAACUCCUAAAACCAGGCUUAUUGAAAAAGAAGAAUUGAAGUAUGACACAUUGCUCCACAAAAAACUCAGAGAAAGAAAUGUUAGUUUGAGGAGAAGUCUUGUAGACACUGUACAUCAAGUGUAUGUUGGUGGAAGCAAAGAGCUAAAGAAUACCACACUACAGUUGGUGAAGUCUCAGAAUGCAAUACAGGAUGUGUCGCACAAUUUAAGGUUACUCACUAAUGAUCUUUUCAACUUGGAAGAUAAAAUUGACAUUGUCUUGUCUUGCACACUUUUGCCAGAUAUCAACAUUUCCCCGGAGGUAGUGACACCUAUUGGAAGACAGUGAUGUACAAAAAUAAAGUACACAAAUUUGCUAAAUUUUAAUCACUUGCAAGUCUUAGACACAGUCUAAUUUGAGUUUAAAGUGACUGGAGAGGAUGCAGAAAACAUGGAUAACUGUUUAAAUUGGUUGAUGAUAUGGAAAUACAAGAUGUCUUUGGAUCACUUCGCACAAUUUAGGAUUGAGCUAUGAAAUAUAUUACAACUUAUUAAACCGUUGCAUUCCUUUAAACUGUUAUAUCAUUGGAAGUGGUGCUAUUUCAAAUGGGAAUUCCUUCAAUAUGUCAUUGGUAAAUCAAAUUAACCAUAGACUACUUAUUAAAAACUUCAUAUUUUAUAGACUGAGUAAUUAGGACAAUGGACUGUUUAAAUGGAAUUUUUUUUUAUUAUUACCGCGUGUUGCUCAACAACUUAAUUAAUUUUCAAUUAUGCCUUGUGUAAUUUUGAUAUAAGUUUUUAUAUCGAGAGAAGUUUAAAGACGUUGGCAACUCCAAGGUAAUUUUUGAUCAAAAUAUCAGUAAUGAUAAGGGGUUGUUACACGUAUAACCAGAGCAUGCAUAUGAUGUUAAAUAAACGACAGAUUUUGAAAACGGACAGAAAUAGUGUA